AUGAGCGGCCGAGUGGGGGACCUGAGCCCGCAGCAGCAGGAGACGCUGACCAGGUUCCGAGACAGCCUCCAGGAUGUGCUGCCCACCCUGCCCAAGGCUGAUGACUGCUUCCUCCUGCGCUGGCUCCGAGCUCGGAACUUUGACCUGAAGAAAUCUGAGAACAUGCUCCGGAAGCAUUUGGAGUUCCGGAAACAGCAGGACCUGGACCACAUCCUCUCGUGGCAGCCUUCGGAGGUGGUCCAGCUGUAUGACUCAGGUGGUCUGUGUGGUUAUGACUACGAGGGAUGCCCUGUGUGGUUUGACAUCAUCGGGAGCCUGGACCCCAAGGGUCUCCUCCUGUCAGCUUCCAAGCAGGAGCUGAUCCGGAAGCGCAUCCAGAACUUGGAGAUACUUCUGCGGGAGUGUGAGCUGCAGAGUGAGAAGCUGGGCAGGAAGAUUGAGACGAUGCUCAUGGUAUUUGACAUGGAGGGGCUGGGCCUGAGGCACCUGUGGAAGCCAGCUGUGGAGGUCUACCAGCAGUUUUUUGCCAUCUUGGAAGCAAAUUAUCCAGAGACGGUGAAGAAUUUAGUUGUUGUCCGCGCCCCCAAGCUUUUUCCAGUGGCCUUCAACCUAGUCAAGUCGUUCAUGAGUGUGGAGACACAAAAGAAGAUACUGAUUCUGGGAGGCAACUGGAAGCAGGAGCUUUCCAAGCUCAUCAGUUCUGACCAGCUGCCUGUGGAGUUUGGGGGGACCAUGACUGACCCUGAUGGCAACCCCAAGUGCUUGACCAAGAUCAACUACGGGGGUGAAGUACCCAAGAGUUACCACCAGGGCAGGCAGGAGAGCCUGCAGUAUGAGCACACGGCGCCGGUGGGCCGGGGGUCCACCCAGCAGGUGGAACAGGAGAUCCUGUUCCCGGGCUGUGUGCUCAGGUGGCAGUUUGCCUCGGAUGGUGGAGACAUCGGCUUUGGUAUUUUCCUAAAGACCAGGAUGGGGGAGCGGCAGAAAGCUGGGGAGAUGGCAGAGGUGGUACCCAGCCAGCGCUACAAUGCCCACAUGGUGCCCGAGGAUGGGAGCCUCACCUGCCUCAAGGCUGGAGUCUAUGUCCUACGUUUUGACAACACCUACAGCCUGCUGCACCCCAAGAAGAUCAGCUACACGGUGGAAGUGCUUCUCCCAGACAGGGCGUGCGAGGAGAAGUUACAGGGUCUCGAGGCCACGAGACCCCCCUCAGGGCAGUGAAGAGCCGGCCGCCUCUGCUCCUGCUCCCUCCAACUCCU